AUGGCUUCUGAAACACGAUCCUGCUUCGUUUCUUCUUCGCGGAACGGAGAAAAGAGAAGAAUCUCCGGAGACGAGAAACCCGCGGAGGCCAUCGAUGUACCAGAGCUUCUCCCGGGGAGCUACACACUUUUGAAAGCGCUGCUGCGGCGCUCUGUCGCGGAUCCCCUCUGGCGCCGCCGAGCUGCAACGAGUCCGCCGGCGGUCUCGAAGCUUCUCGCGUUCGGCGCGUCCCUGCUCCACGUCCUCGCUCGCAGUCAAGAGGAACUUCGGCGAAGACGAAAGCGAGCGGUUCGGGAAAGGACAAGUGAAGCAAGCGAACGCGCGCCUCUUGCGCUCCCCGCUGAGGAUGCCAGGCCCUCAGAUUCCUGCUCUCAAGCAGAAGUGGAGCCAUCCUCGCCGGGAAGAAACGCUGCAUGCCCUAGCCUGCAUGACCCUUCGACUUUGCACUCCCCUCUCGCGCUCCUCGGCGAGCUGUCGGUCCUUUUCCGCCUUCUGCGAAAUCUCUGCGUCGAAGGCCGAGACGCACAAGACGUUAUUCUUUCUCUCGGCGGCGCCGAACUGUUUCUCUCCAAUUUACACGUGCUUAUCGAGGCGUUGAGUCACGCCCCUCCCGACUGUCGCUGCUUUACCUCAGAAGGUGGUGGGGAGGAAGCGAGUGCUGCUGUCCGCGCAGACGCCUCGCCGGAGAGGAUAAGCGAGCGAGAACAAGGGCGGCGCGGUACACCACGUCCGGGGGAUUCUCAGUCACGGCGCCUCCAAGCCAGCCAACUUUCUUCGACACAGACAGGCAGUCAACAAUACGGAGCAAAUAAGGAUGGAGCAGAUGUGCAGGCUGGCGGCGUUUGCGUGCAUGCAAGGCUGGAGUGUGAAACCGACGGAACAGGGGUGACGGCAUCGCUUCUCCAGUUUCUCAGCAAUCUGUCCGUUCGAAAUGACCGCGCUCGGGUGUUUGUACAGCAGAAAGUUUUGUACGUGCCUCUGCUGCUCUUGGCUCUUGCCUCUCCGUCAGUUGCCCCGGCCUUCAUGCUGCUCAAUACACUCUUCAAGGGUGAGAGCAGCGAAGAACAGGAGACAGGCAAUAAACGUGGCGUCGCCUUGGACGCACAGAUGCCAGGAGGCGGCGAGGCUUCGAAAGGCGAUGCCGCCGGACAGAACGGACCUUGGGACUGCGAACGCGAAACUGACAAACCUGAAAGCAGGGGGCACACUGAUCACCAAGUGGGGUUGCACACGGAGGAGAAACGCUUUUGUUCUGGGCGCGGAGACGACCGGUUUUUCGAGUUCCUCGGGGCUCUCUAUAUCUUGGCAGCUAACGAGGACGCAUCUCACUUAGCGACUGUUCAAUCAAAUGGGCCUGGUCAAGAACGACAACAUGGGGAACUUGACGGUCAUCAAACACGGCUGGAGGCGACGAGAGCCCCACUCCAAGGGAACCAGAGGGAGGCGGACGCCAGAACGACGUCGUUGCACGCGCAGAAAGCCGACCAGCACAUAUCUACGAAACACCUGGAGUGGCCGAUGCUGUUUGUGCUUCAGUUAUUGAACAGAGAAUCCGACGGCCGAUUCUUUUUUCGGUUUCUGGAGAGCCUCCAGGCGAACUUCUCUAUUGACACCUUGGAACGCUUCGCUGUCCUCCUCCUCGCACCGCCACGGCCGGCGGAGCAGAAGGUUGGCAAGACGGCUGUUGAAAGAUGCUUGAAUCUUCACAGACCUGAGACGGGAAAAGGGCCGAGCCUCUCUCAACUAUCGGCCGAGGACGACCUGCAGAAGCUAGAGACAACGGGGGAAAAGUAUGACGAGAUUCAAGCCUUCUGCGACCGACCGUGCCGCGCGGUGUACUUACAGAAGGCCGUGAGCAAGAAGCUGUCGGGAGUCGGCCAAAGCGGACUGCUUCAGUUUUUGCUGGUCCUUUUUGACGCUCUCUUGGACGACACAGGAGAAGAUGAGUCUACACUCGACAAGCUGAGCGGCGCUGGGGCGAAUGGUACUUACUCGCCAAAGCCGAUGACACUGCGAAUGAAGUUGAGCGCUAGCGCGGCGUUCUACGCCUUCAUGAACGGUCAGAUUCGUCGCGCGGUUGAAGCCGGAGAACGCCUGAGAGACUGUGGACGACUGCUAACGGAAAAGUGGGCACAGGACGGGGGAGGACGGGAGACACUUGGCCACGUCAAGACUGAGGAUGGGGCACAGCGCGGGAGGCGACCAGACGUCGAACCGGCCCUCGACCAGGGACGCGCUGGCCCGAUAGCAAGCAGGGCGGUCGAAGGGCUGGCCGGCAACAGUCUGGGGAACGGAGACGUUCGGACUGGAGAGACGUUUGCCAUCGGACCGCCGUUCGAUAUUCUGUCGUUUGCGUCGAAAGUGACGCAUUCCGUGCACAGUCUAGAAACCCAAAGACGCCGUCCAGGAUUCACUGAGUCCAGUGACAGAAAUGAGGGAGGCGCGCCGGAGUCUGAAGCACACCCCGCGGGAGUCCACAAACGAGACGGAGAAGGCCUUCUGCCUCCCAAACCUUCCGCGCGCCCCGCGGAGGCCGCCGAGGAGGGGGACGGAGUCACAGUCAUCGAAGGUUCUCGCUCGGCGAAAGAUCUGUUCAAGUCCGCAUCCAGCGUACCUCACUGGGUGCGCGUGGCCGACACGUUCCUCCUGAUGGAGAACAUUCUUCUGGGAGUCUGUGCUGCGCGGGCAGAGGCUUUGGAGGCGAGGAGACAGGGCGAAAGAAGGGAAAGGGAGUGUGGGGUGACCCGCGCAACUCAGGCGGACUCCCAUCAACAUCUGGAGAGCGGGAAAAGAACUUCGCACGAGGAGCUCGCUGAAGACCGUGGUGAGAUGCAAUCGCAUGCGGACGACUCUGUCGAGGCGAAGGCUGAAGCGUUGGCCGACGCGAUUGUGCUGCUCCUGCGUCUCAGUCAACAGCAGCGCCUUCUCGCGUUCUUGUACUGCUCGGAGAAGAACGGGGCUCGAACGCAGUGUACCGCUUCGAGGGAGGCGGGAGAGGCAAGUGAAACACUGGAUGGGUUGCACGCUACCGCGCCAGGCCGGGGACAGCAUGCUCCCCGUUCGCAGAACAACUCGUCUACAGCGUAUCGAGAGACGUCGGAGCCCGCCGUAGCUGAGGAAGUCGAAGUAAAACCGCAAGAAGGCGACGUGAUGAUCUGGGGUCUUUUGCAGCGAAGCGUGAAAAGCGGCGUGCUGCUGCGUGCGCUCGCCAAUCUUCUGGUCGACUCCCCCCGUACUCAGCAAGUUGCACUGCAUGCCCAAGCCCUUCCAUUGCUCGCGUCGUUUGUCCACACGAACGAGGAGGAUCCCUUUACGAGGGAAGCGGCGGUCUUUCUGCUACCAAAAAUGGGCACGUUGUCGUCGGAACCUUGA